AUGGGUUUAAUACGGAAGAGUUUGAUUUUAUUGUGCGUUCUGGGUUUGACGUAUACCCAAACUACCAAUCAAGAAUAUGAGCUGGCGCAGAAGGAGUUAGAGGAAUAUAUUCAAACAGCGAAGAAAAAAGUCAACGAAAAAUGGAGGCCGCUAUACCAUGUUGCGCCCCCAGUAGGCUGGAUGAAUGAUCCAAAUGGUUUCUCAUACCACAAUGGAGAAUAUCAUUUAUUUUAUCAGUACUAUCCUUAUAAGAGCGAAUGGGGGCCUAUGCAUUGGGGACACUCUUCAAGCCCGGACCUAGUUAAUUGGAAAACCUUACCCACAGCUCUUUUACCGGAAAAAGAACAAUGUUUCUCAGGCAGUGCCGUGAGCGAAGGUAAUACCAUGACUUUGAUAUACACUGGACACGAGGUUACCGACGUGGAACCAAAAUAUAAGGAGAGCCAGUACUUAGCGUUUAGUGAAGAUGCUGUCAAUUUCCGCAAAUUUGAAGGUAACCCAGUUUUGUCUACCACUGACUCGCCAGAUUUCCGAGACCCAAAGGUAUGGAAGUACAAAGAUAACUAUUAUGCUGUCAUUGGAAGCAAAACAAACAACCAAGGAAGAGUCCUCCUGUAUAAGUCUAAAGAUUUGAAAACUUGGGAAUUUUUAUCUGUUCUUGCGGAAUCGAAUGGUAACUUAGGUUAUAUGUGGGAGUGCCCCGACUUUUUUGAAUUAGAUGGUAAAUUUAUUCUUCUUAUGUCACCUCAAGGAGUUGAGCCACAAGGAGACAGAUAUAAGAAUAUUUUCCAAACCGGUUAUAUAAUCGGUACAUUUGACUACAAUACUAAUAAAUUUAUAGAAGAGAUUCCGUUCCAAGAAAUAGAUUUUGGCCACGACUAUUAUGCUGCUACGACAACUGAAGCAUACGGAAAACGCUAUAUUGUAGCUUGGUUUGCUAUGUGGCAAACGCCUCACCCAGAAGACGUCGAUGGAUGGGUUGGAACUAUGACACUCGUAAGAGAACUACAUCUUGUGAAUAACAAAAUCCUGCAAAUACCUGUUGAAGAUAUUGUUAAAUUAAGAGAUAAUAUCGCUUUCGAAGGCGAAAUAAAAUCAAACGAAGUACGCAAUUUUGGUAAAGCGGUAGAAUUACUGAUUGAUAGUGAUUUAAAUCAGAAAGUGGAUUUGUUAUUGGAUGGGCUUGAAGGUGGUAAUAGCGUAUCGUUGCGCUGGGAUCCCGCAGUUCGUAAAGUUGUUGUUGAUCGAGGAUCUAAUGACAUCAGGCAAGUUGAAUGGACACCACUCGGAACUCACUCUUGGAGGGUAUUCCUGGAUGCCAGUUCUUUGGAACUUUUCUGUGGAAAUGGUGAGGUAGUGUUCAGCAGUAGAGUUUAUCCUCUAGGCGGAUGGAGGCUAACGAAUAAGAGUCCUCAAACUAUUCGAGUCAAGGCUUACAACUUAAAGCGAAGUGUACCGGAAACUUCUUCGUCUUCAUGGCUUUGGUCCCAUUUCGCUUAUGGUCCCUUCCCGUAUGUUCUUACUAUAACGACCUUAAUUUUUCAAAUAUUAUUAAGUCCGUGUUUAUCGCUU